UGUGUGUGUGUGUGUGUGUGUUUGUGUGUGUGUGUGUGUGUGUGUGUGUGUGUGUGUGUGUGUGUGUGUGUGUGUGUGUGUGCGUGUGCGUGUGUGUGUGUGUGCGCGGGCACGCGCGAGUGUGUGUGAGCGUGUGUGCGUGUGUUGAUGUGUUUGUUCAAGUUGUCCAGGUCUGUGUCGGUGUGUGGUUGUAGUAGUUAGUGUAAUGGUUGUAUAGCAAUACUCAUCACAUUCUCUCUUUCUCUACACUACAGCGAUGGACUCCACUUCACUGUGCAGUCUACUCGAACAGGAUCAACGUUGUCAAGGUGAUGCUGUCACAUGACAGUGACGGUGUCACGUUGGAUACCACACUGCGUGACAGUGAAGGGAAAACAGCGUUGGACGUAGCCAGGGAAAGGAAGCAUGAGGGAUGUGUGCAGUUGCUGGUGGAGCACGAGAGUGCAAAGAAAGAGGAACUUAGAACAGCUGCUGUGGCUGAGGACAUCAUUGGUGGUAAGGACGAGGCCAGCGUGGUACGCGUGCGUAUGUACCUUGUCGGCAAGUACGCCACAGGAAAGUCCAGCUUUGUCCGGGCACUGCUCGGUGAAGAGUUCAUUGAAAACGCGGACAGCACCGACUCCAUUUCCAUCCAUCGAUCCAGACUCAGAAUGCAUCUCUCCUCUCAACUCGCCACAGGCACACAAGAAGCCGCACAAGUUCUUGUGGACAACAGUCAACAUAGUUUCUUUGUCAAUCUACUCACAGCUCGUAUCCGAUCAUCUCUAGAUCUGGUCAAGAAAAUCAAGGAGGCUCCAGAGCUACCCAUCGCUGCACAACCAUCAGCAUGGUCCAAGCUCAAGAAAUUCACCAGGUCACUACUUGCACCAACAAAGAGUACUCCUUUGGCUACUUUCCCGGCUACCGGUGGAGCAGCAGCUACAUCCGCUGUCCACAAUGAGUUUGCCAAUGUUCCUCAUGCUAAUGACCUGACCAAAGUGGCACCAGAUGUUAUCUCUCAAGUUCGCUCAUCUGUCAGCCAUGUCGAUAACAGUUCGAAUGAAGAGGAAGCAGCAUAUGCAUUUGUUGAGCUGUGGGACAUGGGUGGACAGAUGCCGAUGUUGGUACAACAAAGCAUCUCGUUUUCAGUUUGUGACAGCGUGUACAUUGUGACUCUUGACAUGAGGUGUGACCUGGAUGAGGAGGUAACGGAAGACGUCUACCGCUUCGAUGGUCAGGAGAUUGUUACUUCUACACCGUUGCCAGGAAUGACGCAGGCUGACUACCUUCACAUGUGCCUGUCACUGAUUGCUUUGCAGCAUAGGGCAGACACACACCCUGACCAGCAUCACCACCACCAGCAGCAGCAGCAGCAACAGCCGCAACAGCAGCAGCAACAGCCGCAGCAGCAACAGCAGCAGCACCAACAUCAGCAGCAUCAGCAUCAGUCAGACACAGAGCCGGGUAAGAGCAGUAGCAGCAAUAGCAGCCACCAUCAUGAUGAGAGUAGCACAGCCAUCAUGGUUGUUGUUACACAUGUGGAUCUUGUCGACGACGACCAAAUAGAGAAGAAGAAGGACAUGUUCUUCAAUGCCGUGUCCAAGCUGGCUGAAAGGGCCGGCCCCAACGUCAAGGUCUGUAGACCCUUCUUUGUUGACAAUCACCGUCUUCAAGAUCGCGUAUCUCGCCACAGCCAGCUUGCUGAAGCACAGCAAGAGCUCUCUAGAAUUGUGUCUGCCUUUCCUGUCCAAGCAAUUCCCUUGAUGCAAGUGAAGAUAGAAGAAGCUAUUUCUCUCCACCAAAAGGAAAUGCUUCGCUAUGCAAAGGCUGGGUGCAGUGAUGAUGCAAUGCAAGCUACCAGUAGUGAUCAGCAGCAGCAGCGGCAGCAGCAGAGUUUUGUUAGUAUGGACUACCCACAGUUUGUAGACUUUUGUCGGCAUGUUAGCGGCAAAGAUCUCACCACUGCACAAGUGUCUGAUCUACUGCACCACCUUCAGCAACAUGGCACAGUGUUUUGCUGUGACUGCCCGCAUCCACUCACUUCAAGCGUCAUCUUCCUGGAACCUCAGCAGCUGUUACUCAACUUUGUACGCUUGAUGACCUUCCCUCUGAAGGAGACAGCUUCUCCAAGCACCUCAGCAACAUUAGCCAGAGAAGUGGAACACUUUCGACGUACGGGAAUUGCCAGCGCGAGGUUGAUAGAGAAAGUUUGGUAUCCUCUCAGCCGUGUUGUCCAGCUAGCUCUCUGUAAAUCCAUGUGUUACUUCAACUUGGCAGCAGAACUUCAGCCCGCCAGCAGUGCAGCCACCAGCAGUACAGCCACCAGUAGUACAGCCGCCAGCAGUGCAGCUACCAGCAGUACAGCCACCAGCAGUACAGCCACCAGCAGUAGAGCCACCAGCAGUACAGCCACCAACAGUACAGCCACCAGCAGUGCAGCCACCAGCAGUGCAGAUACCAGAAGUACAGAUACCAGCACCGGAGGGUGUGGCAGUAGAGUCGGCGGCAGCAGCAGCAGCAGCAGACAAGACAGAUGUCCGGUUGUCACGCCAGGCCUACCCGACCUCUUCAUCCCGUUCUGUUGCAACCAGGAAGCAUUACGGUUGGUUUUGGAGGAUGAUGUUCCCUUUAAGCUACCGUUUAACCACCUCAGUUUCCCUGGGAUGCUGUUUCCUCCACCACUGUUCGGUCGCUUAGUCACCUACAUAAUUCAUCGUAUGAAGAAAGAGUCAGCCAGUCUUCAGUUCACAUCCAGUGCGGCAUCGCUGAAUUUGGAGGUUGGUUGUAGUCAAGUAUGCCUCUGCUGGACACCGACAGGUGUUCGCUUAGAAUGCGCUGCUGAUACACCAUCCAUACUUGCUGAUGUGGCUUGGGAUAUGAAGAGUGCAAUUGUUGACUUCACACAAGUUCUCAGCACCCAAGGGUACCAGCAGUUCACAGUUGUUGGCGAGUCAUUUGCCUGCACUUCCACCUCAUGCCAGGAUCGCUUGAAGGAAUGCAGCAGUCCUGCAGAGGUGCUGGUACACUCGUCGUGGGUGUUGCUGACCAGCUUGCACAAGAAGCAUUUCUUGAUGUCAUACGAGUCGGAUAUGAACACCGCUCUGACCUUCAAGGCAACGUGUGCUACCUGCAAGGAGAGGGUCAUUAUCCCGAGGUCCUUCUGGCCCUGGCUGCGUAAGGAUGUGCCAUUUGUCCAAGCUGAGCAGCCACUAGCAGCAGCAACAGCAGCAGCAGCAGUGCCACCAGCAGCAGCCGCAUUACCUCAGUCAUCAUCAGCAGCAGCAUCAGCAGCAUCGGAGUCCGCAUCAGCGGCAGCACCUGUACCACCAGCAGUACAAUCAUCAUCAUCAGCAGCAGCAGCAGCAGCAGCAGCAGCAACAGCAUCAGCAACAGCAGCUGGAGCAGCAGCAGCAUUAGCACCAGCAGCAGCAUUAGCACCAGCAGUACAAUCAGCAACAGCAGCAGCAGCAGCAGCAACAGCAGCAGCAGCAGUACAAUCAGCAGCAGCAGCUGGAGCAGCAGCAGCAUUAGCACCCGCAGAGGCAGUUGCAUCACAACCGUCAACAUCACCACUGAAAGUUUUGUCAGACAUUUCUCAUUUUCAAAACUUCAGCCGAAGCAUUGAAGGUUGCGUCAGCCGCCUUAAACGUGAGGACUUUGCCGAAGCCAUUGCAAUACUGAUUGACCCAGAAUACAGCAACGGUUUCAAAGACGACAUGCAAGACUUUAUCGUGAGAAACGGCCAUGGCACCACUAACAUACCGGAUAAUAUGCAUGGUGUUAUCAGGUGGGCCGUGGACAAAGCUGGAACGCGCGAAGUCACCCUGGCCGAGUUGAAGAAGAUAGCGCUAGAGCUGAAUCCGGACAAGAAGAAAAAGAUUGAGAAAACAUUCCAUGUUGAAAAAUGGUGAGGCGUCAUCUUGAAGCUGCCCUGCCCAGCGGUGGCCUCUAUUCGUUCCUGGCUUAGCUGUCAACUGUCUACAUUCUACUGGUAGUGAGUCGCUCGACAGCUGAACACCUCAAGCAUCUGAAGACCAUCUUCCAUCACUUGGCAGAGUAUGGUCUGGUGGUCAUUGUCAGCAAGUGUGUCUUCAUGCAGCCCUUCCGUGACAUUCCUUGGUCACAAUGUCAAAGCCGCUGUCGGCGGCGGCAUUGAGACACUGGCAGAGAAAGUCAAGGCCAUGGUGGACUACCCUGCUCCAGACACUCACUCUGCUCUCUAUCUCGCUUUCUAGGUUUGGUAAAUCUCUACCGACGCUUCAUCCCGGAUUGUGCAUGCAUUCUUUAGCCGCUCUCGGAUUUGUUAGCAGGCCCUCAAUCUCCUGAGAACUGCUCGUCGCGAACGUCGCAAUAAAAUACAUGAAAAUGAAUUCUGAAUAACUAAUUUGUAUUUUGCAUUACAUGACGAUGAUUAACAUUAGUGUUUUCGUAUAUACCAUGACAAUGAUUGUACUCUCUUACUCUCUUACAUUGUGGCUGAUUCCACGCUUGGGUUUGCAGAAUUCUGGUUCCUUAUCUUCCUUUCUAAUGACUGACUCCAUUUCACUUCAAAGUAGCUUCGAAGGUAGUCUUCGUUUCUCUAGUCUUUGCAUUUCGUUCUGAAACAAAUAUCUUCGUUAUGUUUUCAUACCGUGAGUAGUCUCGCGCUCUUGAUUUGUUUUGCUCACGCAUGACUUUCCUUUCUGUUCUUUUUGUUAUGCAUGACCAUGAUGACGUAUUGGUAUGAUGUAUAUGUGUGUGUGAUCACUUGACCACGUGACUAUGUGUUCACUAACUACAGAGUCUACAGACUGUAACCUAGUGUAGGCUAGUGCACUUUAGCCAUUCGCUCUCCUUGCUGUUACUUCUUCUCCGUUUCUAUUUUGUCGCUGCACUAGUUCCUUUUUCCACCAUUCCA